GUAGUUGUACUUCCUUGUUGACAUGCCGCGUCAGUAAAAGGCGGGUAAAUGUGAGGAGACUGUCUGUUGGAUAAUAAGUUUAUCAUCAUCAGACAGAGAGAGAAAGAGAAAGUGAUGGCGUGUAAACGAGGAGCUCUCAUCGUCCUGGAGGGAGUCGACAGAGCCGGAAAAACGACGCAGUGCAAGAAGCUGUUCGAGGCGCUGCAGCGGAGCGGAAAGCCGGCGGAGAUGAUGCGAUUCCCCGACAGGACCACGACUAUCGGGAAGCUGAUAAGCGCCUACCUGGAGAACAAAAGCGACCUGGAGGACCACACGGUGCAUCUGCUGUUCUCUGCGAACCGCUGGGAGAUGGUGCCUUUAAUGAAGAAGAAGCUGGAGCAAGGCACCACUCUGGUGGUGGACCGGUACGCCUUCUCUGGAGUUGCUUUCACCAGCGCCAAGCCGGGUUUCUGUCUGGACUGGUGCAAGUCACCCGAUGUGGGACUGCCACAGCCGGACCUUGUUAUGUUUCUCCAGCUCAGUCCGUCAGAGGCGGCUCUCAGAGGCCAGUUUGGAGAAGAGAGAUAUGAGAAGAGCGAUUUCCAAAGAGCAGUUCAAAACAAAUUUCAACAGCUGAUGAAGGAUCGUUCGGUACACUGGCAGGUAAUCGAUGCUUCUCAGAGUGUCGAGGAUGUGCACAAGGACAUCAUGACCCACAGCCUGAAUGCUAUCAACUGCGCUCAGAACCAGGCGCUCGCAGAGCUCUGGAAGUGAAGCCGAUAUAGAAAAUAUGACACUUUUGCACACGACGGCCUACUUUACUAACUGCGAAUAGAAAAUGCCUCAGCUUGUUUCAUACCAAUUGAGUAGCACCAUUGUCCAUCAGAUUCUUAAUUUUAUUUUUAGUUUUAAUCCUCUUACAUGUUCUAUUGUUUGUUUUUUUUGUUUUCGCCACCUGUCUAUAUAUUGUGUUGAUUAAAUAAAUAAUCUUCAAAUGAA